GACGAGUAUAAAUCUAGCGCCAAGGUUGAAAUGUCUCUCAUUCUAGUAGUGUGAACGCAUAAGUGACAGUCGGGUCUCUCUCUCUCUCUUGUGGAUUACGUUAGUGCUACCGGAGUUAAGUUUUGCUAUUACUAUUUAGUGCAUUAUUCUGCUUUGCAAGAUUAAAAUGGCCCUCAUCUACGUCGUCCCGUUUCUCCUACUGUUGUCACAGGCAUCUGCUAAUCCUCUUAAUUCUACAGAAAUGACUUCUACAGAGAUCCCUUUCUUUGGCAACGACACUUCAGAACCCGAAAAUGUGACUGAUGCUACUGUUAUGCCUUUAACAAACCUAACAUCUAUGAACGAAACUGUCAUGGAACCAUUCGAGACCACAGUAGAAGAUAUUAGUACUGAUGAAGCGACUACCACUGAGGAUACCGAAAUUAUCGAAACAAUGUCUUACGCUUCCGAACCCGAACCCGAAGUAACUGAAACAAACCCUCCACCAACCAAAAAGGCCAACAUCGAAAAUCUGGCUGUAAUGGCGCAAGCUGGUACAUUGGCUAUUGUUCUUCCAAUCUGUAUUCGGCUGGUGACACUUUGGAAUAGUUGCCUAUAAACACUUUUUAACUGCAUGGAUUUAUGUUGCAUUUAAUUUAUUCGUUACCAUGCGUUUUUUGCUGAGGCGUUUUUGUAAAUAGUUCGGAAAUAAAACUUCAUUUUUUUUUA